AUGCACGGUGUGUUUUCUCUUUCAUUUCUCUCUGUGCACCUCAAUAAUCCUGAGAGAGAGAAAAAUGUGCUUACCACAUCCAUCCUGAUCCAACACCAGAGGAUCCACACUGGGGAACAGCCCUACAAGUGUGGGGAAUGUGGGAAAAGCUUCAGCCAGAGGGGCCACCUGAUACAGCACCAGGUAAUCCACACCAAGGACCAGCCUUAUCCGUGUGGGAAAUGUGGGAUGAGCUUCAGCCAGAAGGGCCACCUGAUGCAACACCAGAGGAUCCACACUGGGGAAAAGCCCUAUGAGUGUGGGGAAUGUGGGAAGAGCUUGAGAUACAGCUCUGGCCUGAAGAAACACGAGAGGAUCCACACUGGGGAAAAGCCCUACGAGUGUGGGGAUUGUGGGAAGAGCUUCAGCCUGAACUCCCAGCUUAUGGAACACCAAAAGAUCCACACUGGGGAAAGGCCCUACAAGUGUGGGGAAUGUGGGAAGAGCUUCAGAGGAAGCUCAGCCCUGAUUCAGCACCAGAGGAUCCACACUGGGGAACGGCCCUACACCUGCUUGGAACGUGGGAAGAGCUUUGGGUGGCACUCUGACCUGAGAAAACACCAGCGCAUCCACACCGGGGAGAAGCCCUACAAGUGUCCUGAGUGUGGGAAGAGGUUUCAGAUCACCUCCAGUCUCCUCAAACAUGAGCGGAUUCACACAGAGGAGAGGCCCUUCCUCUGCCCCGACUGUGGGAAGGGCUUCAAGCGAAACUCCCACCUCACCGUGCACCGGCGCAUCCACACCGGGGAGAGGCCCUAAGAGUGUGGGGAGUGUGGGAAGAGCUUCUCCACGAGCUCAAACUUGACCCAACAUCAACGGAGGCGCCACUAAGGGAAGCCCUGUGAAUGCCCCGAGUGUGGGAAGAGCUUUGUACACUCCUCCCAACUCCAUUCCCCAUGGGAGGAUCCACAUUGAAUGAUCCCCAGUGACCCUCAUUGGGCAGAGCCCUGGUGAUCUGUGGUCCUGGUCAUCUGUGUUGGAAAGACACCUGGCUGGGAGGCUCCACAUCUUCCUGGUUCCCUGUGGGCACCUAAAUAAACUCAGUGGAAGGAACAUCCAUCGGGAUGCAGACCAACAAUGGGAAUUCCUUGGGGAGAGCAGAUUUGUCAGCUUUCAACCCCAUAAAAUCUUUUGCAUUCAAUCCUGUCUUCUGGUGGCAUCAAGGAGUACUGAAUGGUCUUGGAGGUAUGUCCUGGGCUGACUGUAUGAUGCUUGUAUCCCCAGUCGUCUGUUCUGUUUAUGCUGAAUAAUAAGUUUUGCAACUUUAAGACUUGUUCCGAGAGUGAAGGAGGGAGAGAAGAAGCGUGGAGUUUGUUUUCAGAAACUGCACUCACUCCUCCACAUUCCUGUUCCUGGGCUGGGUUGUCUGCAGAUGGACAGACAGCGGGACAGAGUUCUCCUUUGCUUUUAGUUAGCUUUAGCUAGUUGAGACAGAGAAGUUCCCUGGACUGUUUUUUUUUUUCCCCUUUCUUUGGACCUGCUCAAACCUGCUCUGGCCUGAACACCAGAGGAGCACCGGCAGCUCACACCUGUGACCCAGCGGGCCAGGCCUGGGCCUCGGCAUUUCCAGCAGCGAAGGGACUGAUAAGAGACUGAGUGACCCGAGCUGCAGCCCACAGAGGGACUUCCUGAGUUUGUCUCUCUUUUAGAGCGGCAAAAGUUUUUAUUGUUUAAUAUUGUUCAGGUUUUCUUGUUUAAUAAACAGUUUUUUCCACUUU